AUGGUCCAGAUUUGCCAGAAUCCACGAAAGAGACUUAUCAUACUCUACUGGAAUGCUGUGGUUGGCGACAACAACUUCACGAUGUUCCCUCCCAGUGAUGGCCUGUUGCACUUUGGAUGCUGUGACGGCAUUGACAUGAUCUACACAACGGACCGCAAGAUGUUUGCUGUUGCUGAUAUCAUAGAAUUCGCAGCUCCAGAGCUUCCUGACCCACUGCCCUCCAAGGGUCACAAGUACCAAUUGUUUAUGGCGACAAGCACUGAAGCUCCAUACGUUGCCAGUAGAAAGAACAAUGUCGCUCGGAUGUCUGGAAUAAACUUGCUUCGAUCGUACGCUUGGACCAGUGAUAUUCGCCACUCGUUCACUGAGCCAGGAGAAUGCUUUUGCAAACAAUAUGUGAAGCCUCUGAAGAUACCGUACGGCCAGCGAAAUGUAGUUCCGGUGUCAGCUCUGGUUUCCAAUUGCCAGUCAUUCGGUGGCCGUCAAGAUUUGUUGAAGUACAUGAUGCAGAAGAUUAAGGUUCACAGUAUGGGCGGCUGUCUCCACAAUCAUAGGCUCCCCGCUAAUGUCCAGCCCGCGCUGGAAAACUAUCUGUAUAAUUUUGCUGUUGAGAAUGCCAUAUGUAUGGACUACAUUUCGGAGAAGUUUCAUCGGGCCUUGUCACUAGGCACCGUACCCAUAGUGCUGAGCCAGGGUCAAAUGCCAGGAUACGAGUUUGUGGCUCCUACAAAUUCUUCCUACGUCGAUCUGUCUCGCUUUCGGACGCUUGAUGAUGCCAUAGCGUUUAUCAGCGACACGGCGGCCUCACCAGAGAAGUACGCGCAACACCACAGUUAUAGAGGUGAGCUAAUCACAAGUCCAGUCUUGUCAGCCAAGUUCAAACACCACGUGUGCAAGCAGACUGAAGACAAUCUUGACCAAUGGUGCCAACUUGCCAAAGCCAUGGAGACGAGGAGAGGAAGAGAGCAGCUGCUCCAGAAAACGUACGGCCGGUAUGAUUCUACCUCAAAUCGUCAGUGUGCUAGUGAAGGCUCAAUGUCAACCCUCGUCCCCAGAUGA